AUGAAGAAGCAAGCUGCACGAGAGCAGAUGCCUGAAGCAGUCGAUCGCCUCAUGUUCGCCGUGAGGGGCGGACCGAACUGCACGCUCUGGUCACUGCUGCUGAACGCCGGCGCCAGCGCUACGGCGUCGGACAGCACGGGCGCCACUCCCUUCCACCUGGCCUGCGCCAAUGGCAAUUGGCCGGUCAUCCAGUUUCUCCUCCAAGGAAAGCACAUUGACUGCGGCUAUGGCAUCAACAGGCGCGACAACCAACGUCAGACGCCGCUCCACUACGCCGCACGCCACGGCGACGAGAGCGUGGUGACACUGCUACUCGCACACGGCGCCAAUGCGCUUGCGAUGAGCGACCACGGCGAUGCGUCGCAGGUGGCAAGGGAGGCAGGGCACGCUCGCCUGGCCGACCUGCUCAAGCGUCACUAUGAAACGGAGUGCCCCCUGCUGUGCAUGCCCGCAGAAGUGCUGCUCUGCGUGAUGGAGAAGCUCGAACCCUACGAUCUGUGUUGUGUGGCUCAGACCUGCUGCAUGCUGGAUCAACUGAGCAGUGCCGACUGCAUCUGGCGUCGGUUCUGUGAUGCCAGGUGGGCUGACACCGCUGGCGUACCAUGGAAGACCCGCUACAUGGAGUGGCUCAGACCUAGACUGCGAAGCUUUGCCCGUGCGGGCAAGACUGCUCUCAAGAUUCGUUACACAGACAAUUUCUUCACGCUCGAUUCACACCACUCCAUUAUCGACUUCGCCUCGAAGAAGAUCACCGUCGAGGGACAGCCCACCAUCCUUCAACUGUGGGACACGGCCGGGCAGGAGCGCUUUCAUUCGAUGUCGAAGAACUACUACCGAGGAGCCGCUGGAGCGCUGGUGGUCUACGACAUCACCGACCUGGCCUCGUUCCAUCGCGUCAAGUGGUGGGUGGACAGCAUGCUCGACGCGGUGAGCGACACCUUGGGCGCGGAACCGCCGGUCCUGAUGCUCGUUGGAGCCAAAUGCGACCUGGAGAAACGGAGGCAGGUGACUGCAGCCGAAGGCCAGGCCCUCGCGCUCGAGCUGGGCGCCCUGUGGACCGAGACCAGCAGCUUGACCGGAAGCGGGGUGCGUGAGGCGUUUGAGAGCUUGGCCGCGUCUGUGCUGUUGGGCGAGCUGCAGCCGGCAAGCUACGUCCACAACGGCGGGUGCCACAUCCCCGACCACGAGCUUUUGUGCCGGCUCGGUGACGACGCUGCCGCAGAGGGCUGCGCCUGGUCAGCGUCGUCGCCUGCCCUUGCGCCGGCGCUGCGGAGCCUGGUGAGCAGGGACUGGACCGAGGGAGCCACGAACUUGGCGUAG